AUGGACUCUUCAUAUAAAAAUUUGGAAUUUAAAUUUAUUAAAUGCAGUGGUAUUAUUGUUGAAAAUGGUGGUAAGAAAGCUACAGGCAAUCAAUUUGGUUCGUAUGUUGUUUUCUGUGAGUCAAGCAUUCCAUUAAAUCAGAAUGUAAAACUUGCAUUUCGUAUGAUAUCACUACCAUUAAUGGGUGACGUUGAAUUAGGUAUCUGUUCUAAGGAUUAAUCUGGAAAUUUGAAUAAUAAGAACAGGUAUAUGAUUAAUAAGUAUUCCAUUCAAUUUAUUGAAAGAGAUAUUGUUUUACUUGAUAUAAGAAUGAAAGAUAAAAAAAUAAUAUUUAAAAACCUAAGAUCAUCAGAAUAAUAAGUAAAUAAAUAUUAUAAUAAUAUAGCAAAUGUCAAUUGACACUUCACAAGUUUUAUAUCCAUGUGCUCUAUUAUAUAUGUCCUGUAUUUAAAUAGUGGAUGAAAAAGAUUAUUUGAAUAAUUAUUAAGAAUUAAUAUAAUCACUAAUAAAUAGAUACUUAAAUCCUCCUUCGACUAUUGCGUAUGCUGGUUAUACUUUGUUGUUUAAUAACGUUAUCCCACAAACUAUAAUUUUUCAUUUUUAUAAACUAUUUUUCAAACUGAAUGAAUACUAUUUGAAAUUAUAAAUUCCAUCACAUGGGUAUAUCAUGAGAUUUAUUAUUCAAAAAACACAACAUAAAAAAUAUGAUUCUAAAGCAUAAAAUUUUCUAUUAUUUAAUUAAUAAAAUUUAAUUAGCUAUAUGUCCUAAGGGUAUAUAAUGCUUAUUAGUUAUAUUAAAAAGUAUUUUGAGGGAAAAUGGUGUUAAAAAUAAAAUUGA